GGAGGUCACUUCCUGCUGGGCUGGAUGAGGAGGAGCCGGAGACGCCGCGGAGGAGACCGGACCGAAGACGGACCGUGCCGGGGUGAGCAGGAGGCUGAAAAUGAAAGCAGGCUGUAGCAUCGUGGAAAAGCCAGAAGGAGGUGGAGGGUAUCAGUUUCCGGACUGGGCCUAUAAAACCGAGUCGUCUCCGGGCUCCCGGCAGAUCCAGCUGUGGCACUUCAUCCUGGAGCUGCUGCAGAAGGAAGAGUUCCGCCAUGUCAUCGCCUGGCAGCAGGGAGAGUACGGGGAGUUUGUCAUCAAGGAUCCAGACGAGGUGGCCCGCCUCUGGGGCCGCAGGAAGUGCAAACCACAGAUGAAUUACGACAAGCUGAGCCGGGCCCUCAGAUACUAUUACAACAAGAGGAUUCUCCAUAAAACAAAAGGGAAAAGGUUCACGUACAAAUUUAACUUCAACAAGCUGGUGAUGCCCAACUACCCGUUCCUCAACAUUCGGCCAAGUGGUGUGGUUCCCCAGAGCGCACCACCAGUGCCAACGGCCUCCUCCCGGUUCCACUUCCCACCUCUGGACACACCCUCUCCAAGUAGUGACGUGCAGCCAGGGCGCUUCUCUGCCAGCUCCCUGGCGGCCUCUGGCCAGGAGCUGAGUAAUGGCGCUGAGAGGAAGGCGGAACUCUCGGAGCUGGAGGACGGCGCAGCCGACUGGCGCCGGGGCGUGGAUCUCAUGGCCUCCCGGAACGCUGUCGGGGGAGGAGGGAUUGGCCACCAGAAGCGCAAGCCUGACAUCAUGCUUCCGCUGUUCACCAGGCCAGGGCUCUACCCUGACCCUCACAGUCCCUUCUCCGUCUCCCCGAUCGCUGGCCGAGGAAGUGUCCUGAACGUCCCCAUUUCCCCAGCCCUGUCCCUGACUCCCACCAUCUUCUCCUACAGCCCGUCUCCAGGCCUGAGCCCCUUCACCAGCAGCAGUUGCUUCUCUUUCAACCCUGAGGAAAUGAAACACUACCUUCAUUCUCAAGCCUGUUCGGUGUUCAACUACCAUCUGAGUCCCCGGACAUUCCCGCGUUACCCAGGGCUCAUGGUCCCACCACUGCAGUGCCAGAUGCUUCCUGAGGAGCCGGCCCAGUUUUCUAUCAAGCUGCAGCCCCCACCCGUGGGACGCAAGAACCGGGAGAGGGCAGAGAGCAGCGAGCAGCCGGCGGCUGUCCCUGCUCCCACCGCCACAGCUCCUCUGCCCCCGAGAGUUAAGGUGGAGCCUGCCCCUGAGAAGGACCCUGAGAGUCUGCGGCAGUCGGCCCGAGAGAAGGAGGGACGCUCGCAGGAAGAGGGCACUGUGCCAGGCAGGACCACAGAAGAGGGAAAAGGCGCCGUCUUUGCCCGCCCGGCUGCACCCCCUGUCUGGCCCUCUGCACCUAUGAGUGCUCCAAGUGAAGGAUCCCUCGAGGUGACUGAAGACAGUGACGACGGGCCUGGCAAGGAGCCCAGUGCACCUGAGAAGAAAGAAGACGCCCUGAUGCCCCCCAAGCUUCGGCUGAAGCGGCGCUGGAAUGAUGACCCUGGAGCCCGAGGGCUGAGCAAGGGUGGCCGGCCCCCAUGGGACGCACCGGGGCCACGGGGCUUGGCGACGGCAGCCGCGGACGCUUAGACCCGGAGGUGGGGGGGGGGGUUGUCUGUACUAUAAUCAGAUACAUGUAUUUAUGUAGCAAGAUUUCGGGGGGCUUAGACUUGUAUUUUUACGUUUGGGGAUGGGAUGGGGUGUCUUCUGUUGUAAAUUAGGUGGGAGAUGAACACACUUUUUUCCUGGGGAGUAGGACACGGGAAGGGUAUUGACUGAAAGGAGAGACCGCCUCCAUUUCUUGUCGAGGCUCAUACUUUCUGACUAACUCCCAAAGGGCCGAGACACUGCUGGUCCCGUGGUUGUUCAGGUUCCAGACUUUCUUUUCUAUUGUAUUUAUCCAUGGAAAGCCAUCAAUGAACUUAUAUUGCUCCGAGAGAGAGAGAUACCCAGAAGGGAACAGGCGUGGUUGGGAGGUUGGGCGGCUGAGCAGUGAGAGACCAUUGACACGCUGUUUGCCUGAGAUGGUUCUUUAUAAUUGUUUCAGGGGAAGAAUAUGGUAAUCUCAGUCUUACUGGGCGCGGGGUUUCGGAGGUUGCUCUUUGUUUGGCAUUUUUCCUUUUCCUCUAAAAAACUGUUUUCAGGAAACACGAAACGUCUGCCAGUUAGAGUGCAGCUGGGAGGCGCGGGCACAGAGCUGGGCUGCGUGGGUGACACGAGCCCCGCUGUGAAUCCCUGGACUUUUCGCCUACUUCACCUGUUCAGAAGCCAUGAGGAGUUGUACACUCUUGUUCAGGGAAGGAAGAAAGGGCAGGAAGAAGUAACCCAAUGCCUUUAAAAGCAAAGCAGACACAAAAAUGAUCUUUAUUUUUUCUUUUCCAUCGUGGGUUCGGGGAGCCAAACCGGAGCGUGACUGUGCGCGAGGUCACGGAGAGGCAUGACGGCGCUGAAGAGGGCUUUCUGCCGUGUCUGGUUCUCUUAUCGUUUUCUUAAGUCAAGCCUUAACAAUGGACAUACUUAAUGUGAUACGGGUCUGUCAGCUUGAGCCCAUGAAAGGGCGUGGACAACUUUUCAGAUAAUCCAGGAAUGUGGACGAGUGGUUCAGUGCGAGCUGGUAUGUAGUCUCCCGGUUUGGUCUGGUGUGCCUGGAUGGGCAGUCAAGGGCGGUGGCACCUGGAAACGCAGAAGGUAGCUGGGGGCACAGUGGGUGUUUGUGGGACCUGAAGGGAGAGGUGGGCGGCGCUACAGCAGGCAGCCAGAUGCCUGAGCAGGAGGUGAGGCGGUAUCUGUCCUGUCGUGCGCUUGCCGUUCUUGCCAUACCCGUUCCCCAGGUCAUCCCGACUCUCAGGACCGGGGGACUGUUCUGUGUGAGACUCCAGUUUACACAGGAAGUGGUUCUUCAUGGGAAAUGCCCUUCCAUCAACUUCACAGAAUGGGAAAGCAUUGAUCUUAUAUGAAGCAAAAGGGCCUUGGACUGGGGCAGAGAGAGAAGCUGUGUGUGUGUGUGUGUGUGUGCGUGUGUGUGUGUGCGCGUGUGUGCGCGUGCGUGCGUGCGCGCGCGGUGUGUGGACAUACCUAACUAGUUGAGAUCGCUGGACAUGAGGACAGCAGGGAGGGAAGUGACUCCAUAUCUGACAGGAGAGGAGUGGGCAGGGGUGCCGUCGGGAAUGGAGGAGCUCCUGACUCCACCUUAGCCAAAGCGAGCUCUGUACUGGGAAGCGCUGGAGGGCUGUCCUUGACUGUUGGGGGGCGGGGAGCGGGGAGUCUUCAAACUGAGAAGCCUGCAUGAGACAGGGCUCCAGAGAGGUCAGAGCAGUGAGUGAGCGGGUGGCUUGGGAUGAGCCGAGUCUUUCAUGCGGUUUUUGGCAAGUGUCCUCCCCCUUGUUUAAUUCAAAAUCCAUGACUGACUUGUCUCGGCAAAGGGACUGGGGGAGCAGUCCCUAAGGACUCAGGCUGUCUGUGGUCGGUUGUGUUUUUGUCGGCGUCUUUGUCCGCACCUUGACUUACCUCGACUCAGAAAGCAAGCCCGGGCAUGAGGAGGGCUCUCUGCUUGUCACUGCCGAUCUGAGCAGGGAGGCUGGCUGGCCACCCUCUGUCCACUAGAGGGGCGGGCCAGCAGAUGUCGGUAUUAACUCAGGAAUAGAAACAUGAGGCCUUUAAAAUAAGGGAGAGAAAUCCACGAUGCACCCCCGUAACUCCUAGAACCCAAGUGCCAGAACUAAUCCUAGAUGCUGCUUCUGUUUGAACAAAAAGUCACUGCUUUCACACUUGAAAAAAAAACACUCGAAAAAUGUUCAACUCCGUGAAAAAUGUUUUUGGGCUUUAAGAAAUUGUUUGGUUUGUAACUGUCCUUUGAUUGCCAUCUCACCAAUAAACUGGUGGUUGCUUUGCACUGCACACUGGGGCGGGGGCCGGGGUGUGGGAUGGGUCCUUGAGACGUCCUGGGCUCCAGGGCUGGGAAGUGCGUGUUCUCCCUUCAGCCUUCUCCCGGCAGCCCCUGUCACCACCCUGGCACAAAGCCAGUCUUUUCUCUUCUGUGAGCAUCUUGUCACUGUCCAACAGCAGGUGGAAAAAAGGGGGACAAAACCAGAUCUAUUUUCUCACCCCCAUGCUUUCCAAAUUUGGCUGUGCCAAAUGUUUAAAAUUUUGCAACUGUAAAUCUUGAAAUUUCAUUAAUCAAGCACUUGUUCAUGCGAACAGCUUGCUUUUUGACUGUAGAAAAUAGUAGAGAUAUCUUGAGGGCAUUCAGCCUUGCUGAGCUCUUUUUUUUUUUUU